CAGAGUACUGCUUUUUGCAAGCCCCAAAAAUGGGCCCAUUCAAGGCCCAACCCAACUCUUUCCUUCCCUGACUCUGGCAUUUCUGCUUCCCCUUCUCUUUCCCUCUCUCAAUUCCUCAAACCGUAAACCCUCUCCGGUGGUGUCGCCGAUCAGGUAACCCCAUCAUCAAUUAAAGUACCAUUUCUUUCACAGAAAUGAAGGGACGAAUUUCGAAUUAUGUGUUGAGGAAGUACGCCGAUUAUUUCUACACAAAGUGGGAAAAAAAUAUCCUCUGGAACCAGAUCGAUCCCUACAGGCGACCAAAGUCAUUCACCCCACUCGUCUCCAUCUAUAUUGCCGCCUUCUACACUGGUGUCAUUGGUGCUGCUAUCACUGAGCAACUUUACAAGGAAAAGUACUGGGAAGAUCACCCGGGGGAAGAAGUGCCUCUGAUGAUGCCAUCGUUCUAUAGGGGACCUUGGAGAGUAGUAAGGGGAGAUGCCCUCCGGCCUCCCAGUCAGUCAAAUCCAUAAGCAACCCAGCUGGAGACCUGUGUUGGAGUUUCUUCCAUCUUCUCUAUUUUUUUUAUAUUUUUUUUUUGGGUAUCUAUGUAUGUUUAGAGUUUGAUGAUUUGCAAAUGGAGAACAUCUCCUUGGCUUAGAAAUAAUUAGAGCAGGGCCUUGAUAUGGUCACACUUAAUAUUUGCCAUACCAGCCAGUUUGAAAUAGAAGAGAUUUCCAUUCAAAA